AUGAUGGCACCGGUGACAUACCUGGACACACUUAUGCGCUCGUUCACCACUUUCAUCCUCGACUCACUGCAAGCUGCGCCUUUCCAAACUUUCGCAAUAUUCGUUCUCAUUUAUAUCGUUUUCGCCCCGACCGUCAUAACCUUGGUGUUCAAAUUGUGCGGCCUACCACCUGUCACAGACAACGAGUCGCAAAGGACUUGCCCAACAUGCGACGGAAGCGGGGUUGUUGAUGUGCCGCAAGAUAAAUCAUCACAGACUGAAGUCCACUGA